AUGGAGCAACUCUGUCGGUACAUUUAUUCCAAUGACAAAACGGAUCGUCUGAGAACCCGUGCAAUCCUCUGCCAUAUUUACUUUCUUGCUCUUUACGAUCAUUGGUACAAGGCCAGAGACCUGAUGCUCAUGUCUAACCUACAGAUGAACAUAGACCACGCCGAUCAGUCCACGAUGAUCCUCUACAAUCGAGCUAUAGUGCAACUGGGUCUCUGCGCCUUCCGUCAGGGCCACAUUCGCGAGGCUCACAACGCCCUUGUCGAUUUGAUGAGCAGCAUGCGGGUACGCGAGCUGCUAGCUCAAGGCCUGUAUACUCAGGCUCGGUAUGAAAAGUCACCAGAGGAAGAGAAACGCGAGCGUGCUUUACAGACCCCUUAUCAUAUGCAUAUUAACACAGAACUCCUUGAAUGUGUCUACAUGGUCUCUGCUAUGCUUCUGGAAAUUCCGAUGCUUGCUGGUUAG